AUGACCAACACCACCGCCAAGCUCAUCCUAGCACAUCCCAAUCACCUCGAACAGGUGCUUGAGGCAGCAGCCAAAGCCGGAGUCCCAAAAAGCCGCAUUUUUCAAUUCUCUGACGCCGAGAACGAGACCAGGCGUGGCAUUCCCGACUGGAGGCACAUGAUUGGGACGCCAACGGAGGCGGACUCGUAUCAAUGGCCGGAGCUGAGUCCUGAAGAGUCUACCAAGACUGUGGCCACGAUCAAUUACAGCUCCGGGACAACCGGUCUUCCCAAAGGAGUGUGCGUGUCGCACCACAAUCUCAUCGCCAAUGUCGAACAAACAAUAUUCAUGCGAUACGCAGAGAAACCCUACGCCUUUGAAGCACGCCCUCAGGAGAGAUGGGUUGGCUUUCUUCCACUAUACCAUGCCUAUGGUCAGCUCUACGUCAUACUCAUGGCCGUCAAACUCCAUGUCACCGUCUACAUUAUGAAGGAGUUCAGAUAUGAAGACUUCCUGUUCGCAAUCGGCAAGUAUAGAAUUACCAGCCUGCAGGUAGCGCCACCAAUACUGGUCAUGCUCUCUAAGCGGCCUGAGACGGCUCGCUACGACCUCUCGAGCGUGAAUGAGGUGCUUUGCGGAGCAGCCCCAUUAUCCCGAGAGCUUCAGAAUGAGUGCCAACGGAGGUUCAAAAUUCAGAUAAAUCAGGGUUGGGGCAUGACGGAGGUGACGUGCGGCGCUAUCCAUGUGCCUGGCGGCAUCAGAGAUGAUACAGGCAGCGUCGGCAGGCUCGAUCCCAAUUGCGAAUGCAAGUUGGUUGAUGAAGAAGGCAGAGAGGUAGCCUUUGGUCUGCCGGGCGAGCUGUGUGUUCGUGGACCGAAUGUGUGCCUGGGCUACUGGCGAAAUGAGGCUGCCACGAAAGAGGCGCUGGACAGCGAGGGUUGGCUAAAGACGGGUGACAUCGCCAUAUGUAAUAAAGAUGGCUACUUUUGGAUUGUAGACCGCAAAAAGGAGCUCAUCAAAGUCAAUGCUUUGCAGGUCGCUCCUGCAGAAUUGGAGGCCGUUCUUCUCGAAAAUGAGCACAUAGCAGAUGCGGCCGUCGUUGGAAUUGUCAUCGAUGGCAACGAAUGGCCGAAGGCUUACGUGGCGGUACAAGAGGCGUCCAGGGGCAAAGUCAAGCCCGAAGACAUACAGGAGUGGGUCAAGCCCCGGGUUUCCAAGCAUAAAUGGUUAGCGGGCGGCGUUGCGUUUGUGGACGAAGUGCCCAAACUUGCAAGCGGCAAGAUUCAGAGGAAGACUAUGCGGGAAUGGUCCAAGAGGGAUGCUGCGGCACUGGCAGAUACGAAGAGCGCCAAAGCAAGGUUGUAG